AUGCAGUGGGAGGGACAUGACACUGCAACGAACAUUCGAGUAGCUCGAGCAGAGAGCUCCUCUGAAGCUGCUUCACUUAAUGGACACAAGGCUCUGACACCAAUAAUUGCUGGCAGCGUAUGUGGAGGCGUACUGGCCAUUGCUUGGAUUGUUGGCCUCAUCUGGUAUUUACUUAAACGUCGGAAACCGAAAGACUUCGAUCCUCCCAAAAAAACCAAUGAGACGGAACGAUACAUUAUACCCCCAGAUCCAGCUAUCUUGCAAGGAGACAAGCAACCCCACGAGCAUGGCGCACGCGUACCCGUCCAACGAUAA